AUGGCGCUGACCAACUCUGGAAAUAACUCAGAGUCACCUUCACGCGACGAUCCGUCUCCGCUGUCGACGACAGAUUACAAGACAAGUAUCACGGCGACAUACUACCUUGACUACGCACUACUCAGUCGCUCAGUCGGUCAGCUACCUGAGGUGCAAUUCGGUUUGGACCCGGCGCUAGUGAGCUAUCUGGGCGACUAUCGUAGUGAUCACUCAUUUGUCUCUCAUUAUUUCGCUGUAACGCACCCAUGGAUGCCAUUUCUAUUCCGAAAAGCCUUCAUGGAAAGGAUACUGAACCCACUGGGCUCGGCAUGGCCAUGGAAUAUCAUUCUCCUGGCCGCAAUGAAACUGCUAACAACAGCGCCAUCUGGUCCAACUCCACGGUCUACCUUCUAUACCACUCUCAAGGCAAAUGUGGCCGCAGCUGUAGACUCUGGUCUGCUCGAGCUUCGAAUUUUCCAGGCAAUGCUCCUGAUUGCCGCGUAUGAGAUGGGCCAUGGAAUAUAUCCAGCCGCGUACAUGACUGUUGGGACAGGUAUUCGCUAUGGAAAUGCACUGGGUCUCGGACGAUCCAUCGAAAAGGGCGCAGGUUGUCCACGAAGCAAUAUCGAACUCGAGGAACAGCGAAGGAGCUGGUGGACGGUAUUGCUGCUGGAUAAAUACUUGAGUCUGAGUCUCACAGACAGGAGACCAGCGGCGACUUGUCCCGGCCAAGAUGCGACACUGCCUGCAGACGACGCAUUGUGGGACAUGGCGGAACAGACUGAAGUCUCCCCACAUCGCUUAUCAGAGCCACUCUCGGCAGCAAUGGGCCGCUUCUGUCUAACUGCGCAGGCAGUGAUUCUCCUUGAGCGGAUACUGCAGAACAUCAACGAUAGAUCAAGCCCUGAAGAGUUUCACGAACAAGAGGCCAAAACCCUAGACGACACCGCCGCCGCCCUAACAAGUGUGGCCUUACAAGAAGCCCGCAUGCGCGGCAUGACUCUUCUCGCCAUGAUCUUGCGACCAACAACGGCAGUCCCAACCCUGGCGCGACUCAAUCCAUCGCUCGCCCGCCGAAACUAUUUCACUUCGAGCAAUCGCAGCCCGGAGCCCGCUCACACCCCGAUCAGAUCGUGGCUUCCAGUACCUUUCGUAACAGAAAGCAUAGGCGGUCAACACCACACCACCGACCUCUUCUCCCGUCUACUUAAAGAGCGCAUCGUCGCCAUCUACGGCGAAGUCGACGAGCGCAUGGCCGCCACAGUCACUGCCUCCCUCCUCUUCCUCGAGGCCGACAACCCCCAGAAACCCAUAAACCUGUACAUCAAUAGCCCUGGUGGGUCUGUGACUUCAGGUCUUGCCAUCUAUGAUACACUGCAAUACAUAACGCCAUCAAUCACGACGAUUUGUCUUGGCCAGGCGGCCUCCAUGGGCUCAUUGUUACUAGCAGGCGGAAGUCCUGGUCGGAGAUUCUGUCUGCCGCACUCCAGUGUCAUGCUGCAUCAGCCCAGUGGUGGCUAUUUUGGGACAGCGGCGGACAUCGCGAUUCAUGCGAAGGAGAUUCUGCGGGUCAGGGGCAAGUUGAAUCAGAUUUACGAAAAGCAUUUGACGCCGAGGGGGGACAAGGGACAGGCAAGGGAAGGCGGAGAGGGGAGGAAGUUCAGUGUAGAGGAGAUUGAGAAGUUCAUGGAGCGGGAUUACUUCUUGAGUGCGGAGGAGGCGUUGGAAUUGGGCGUCGUGGACGAGAUACUGAAGAGCAGGAAGGAGGUGGAGGAGAAGACGGCAGAUACCGCAUAA